CAAGUAAUUGAAAAAUUUAUUAACAUUAAGCAUUGGUUGUGGAUCAAAAUUAGUUGGAGAUGGAUCCACAUUUGCUACUUGAGUGUUUUUCAGCGACAUUGCAAGGAAAUCAAGAAAUUCGAUUACAUGCAGAAACACAACUUCGAGAUUUAACCUUACAACCGGGGUUCUUAGGAGCAUGUUUAGAUAUAAUUUCAUCAGAAGAUUCUCAACAAAUACCUCAUGGAGUUAAAUUAGCUACAGGAGUAUACUUUAAGAAUCGUAUAGUUCGAUUUUGGAAUGAGAAUUCACCUGAACAAUUAAGAAUUGAUCAUGAUGAGAAGCCUUAUAUUAGAAGUCGAAUUUUAUCAGUAUUAGUUAAAAGUGAUUAUAAUACUAAACAACAAUUAAUUCCAGCAUUAAGAACUAUGAUUGCAAAUGAUUUUAUUAAAUGGAAUAAAUUAUUAUCAGAAACAGGAAAUUUAUUACAAUCAAUUCCUCUGGUUGUUACUAAAGAUGAAGAUCUUUCACUGUUAUAUACUGGAUUAUUAUGUUUUGCUGAAAUUUCUCGAACUUUUAGAUGGGUUGAAAAUGAUUCUAGAUCUGAAAAAUUAUACCCUAUGAUCAAUCUUGCAUUUCCUCAUUUAUUAGCUGUUGGUAAUUCUUUAAUUUCUUGUGAUAAUAAUAAUUUUACUGAAUUAAUGGCUGAAUGUCUUAAAUUAAUCUUAAAGAUUUUUAAAUAUGUCACUUAUUAUGAUUUCCCUGAACCAUUAAGACAACCUGAAUCAUUUCUGCAUUGGUUAAAGUUUCACCAAUCUGUUUUAAACUUACCUACUCCAAAAUAUAUUGGAGAUACAUUAUCUGAACAAGAGAAAAGUUUCUUUCAAAUUUCAAAAUGUUAUAAAUGGUCAAUUGCCAAUAUCUUUAGAAUAUUUACUCGAUAUGGUUAUUCUAAUUCUUUAUCUAAAAAGUUUAAAUAUAAAGAAUUUCAAAAAUACUUUGGUGCUGAAAUUUCUUCAGGUUUAAUCAAUUACUAUUUUUCAAUUGUUGAACAAUUAUGCAACAAGACCAAAUGGAUAAGUUCUCAAGCAAUUUAUUAUUUAUUAGAAUUAUUUGCUCAAUGUAUUAUCAAUAAGCAAACUUGGCAAUUUAUAAAACCUUAUUAUGAUACAUUGAUUAGAUAUUUUAUUUAUCCUAUAUUAUGUCCUGAUGAUACUUCAUUGGAAUUAUUUGAUACUGAUCCUCAUGAAUAUAUUUCCAUAUAUUUUGAUAUUAAUGAUGAAUUUGAUAGUCCUGAUAUAGCUGCAUUAGGAUUCUUAGUUACAUUGCUUCAUAAACGUUCACAAACAACUUUAGAAACAAUUGUAAAUAUGAUCUAUCAAGAACUUAAUGAAUUACAACAACAAGAAGAAACUUUACAAGUGGCCAAAAGGAAAGAAGGAAUGUUAAGAAUAGUUGCAAAUGUUGCUCCAUACUUAAUCAAUCCUGCCACUAAUGAUAUUAAUCAAUUACAAAAUUUCUUAUCAGCAUUAGUGAUUCCUAAUUUAAACUCAAAAUAUGAAUUUUUAUGUGCUAGAACUCUUGAUGUUCUUAAUAAUUUUUCAGAUAUUCUGUUUACUAAUUUGGAUCCCCUCAUAAUUUAUCAAGGUAUAAUUACUAAUUUUAAUGAAAAAGAUAAUUUAGUAAUUAAAUUUGAAAGUGCAUUAUCUAUUAGAGCUUAUUUAAGUCAUGAUCAAUUUAAAAGUAUUUUAUCAACUAUGAUUAUUCCUGUGAUGUCAAAAUUAUUAUAUCUCAGUAAUGAAAUUGAUAAUGAUGCAAUUGCAGUAGUCAUGCAAGAAUGUGUAGAAAGUUUUAGUGAACAAUUACAACCAUUUGGGGUUGAACUUAUGACUAAAAUAGUUGAACAACUUCUUCGAUUGGUUACUGAAAUUAAUGAAAUGAAUCAAAAUGAAAAUUAUGAUGAAGAUGAUGAAGAUAAUAAUGCUCAAAGUGAUAAAAUAAUGGCAGCUAUUGGUUUAUUAAAUACUAUGAUUACUGUAUUAUUAUCAUUUGAGAAUUCUCAAGAAACUUGUUUAAAAUUAGAAGAAAUAUUUGAACCAGUAAUUCAAUAUGUAUUAAUUAAUAAGUUAGAUGACUUUUUAUCUGAAAUUGGAGAAUUAAUUGAAAAUACAACUUUCUUAUUAAGAUCAAUUAGUCCGGCAAUGUGGAGAAUAUUUGAAUUACUUUAUUCAUCAUUUAUGGAACCUAAUGGUGGAGGAAUUGUUAUGAUGUAUAUUGAAGAAUUAAUUCCAAGUUUACAAAAUUAUUUACUUUAUGGUAUUUGGAAUGAAGAAGGUUUAUCCCAUUGUCAACAAUUAUUUCAAAUUAUUAAUCAAAUAUUUGCCUAUGGAGAUGGAAUGGGAGAAAUUAGAUUUGGUUGUGAAUUAGGACAAACUUUUAUUCUUACUUAUGGAACUAAGAAUCCAGAAUAUGUUGUUAAAUUAACAGAAAAUUUUGUUAAAUUAUAUCAAGUAAGUAUUAAAAAGGAUUCAUCGAGUCAAAAGUUGGGUAAUGCAGUUAAUUUAAUUAAUAUGAUUGUUGCAAGUAUAUCAAUAGAUCCAACUGGAACCACACGAAUUCUUAAUGAACAACAGGAUUUGGAUUUCUUUGAUAGAUGGUUUAAUAAAAUACCACAAUUAAAUCGUGUAUAUGAUUUAAAACUUAGCAUAAUUGGAACUAUUUAUUUAAUGGGAUCAGGAUUUGAUCAACUUUUAAAUAAAUUAGGAAUUCAAUUAGCAAUUCUCUUUAAAAAAUUACCUGUUGCAAUGGCAGCAUUAGAGAGAAAGAGAAAGAAUUAUAGUUCUUUCGAAGGUCAAAGAGACUUGGUUGAUGCUUCAAAUGUACAUGAUGAACAAGAAGAAACACAACAACAAGAAGUUGGCCCUAAUGAAUAUUUAAACUUUUUACAACAAGAAGACAAUAAAAUUAAGAAUCUUGAUUAUUAUGAAGAUGAAGAAGAUGAAGAAGAAGGUGAAUUUGAUGAUGAUGAUGAUAUGGUAGAAGAUCCUUUAAUUUCAAAUCCAUUAGACAAUGUUGAUGUAAUGAGUGUAGCUAAGAAUUAUUUACAAGAGUUACAUAGGACUGAUAUUACAAGAUUUGAAUUAAUCUUUAACACCAUUCCUGUUCAAGAUCGUCAUAUAAUUGAGAGUUUAAUUGAUUAAGAUAUAGUAACCGUUUAUACGUAAGAUAUUUAAGAAUUUACUACAAGCAAAUAGUGACUAUUAUGUCAAAAUAAAUUUAUAGAUU